GUGCCGCGGUCGAGCUGUAGGGCGCCCGUACAUUGUACACAUACUUUUAUAUUUUUCUACGCCGCGCCGUAUCGUACACAAAACGCAACCCAUGAAUGUAACUCUUAUUAACUUGUUUACCUAUUCGGACUCUACAUAAUGAAAAUUUAAUAAUCGAAUAUUCAACAAUGGCUAGAAACGCGCGAAGUGUGAAAUGGAGGCAAAAAUAACGUAUUUGUCCGGUUUUCGAAAAUGAAUCAAAAUGCCUUGGAACUGCUUCUGGGGUUACGAAUCUCCGCCGCCAGCUUGUCGCGUCACUGGACCAUUGCAUCUAGCAUUUCAGAAAGAGGGAGCGGCGCAAGCGCAUGCGUUUCGUAGCAAGGCGUUUAAGAAAGCACGGGCCUGUCAGUGGUGUCAUCUGCCUGUACAGAACCAGGGCAGCUGCUGCAGAGUUUGCAAAUAUGUCUGCCACACUGGUUGCGAAAGCAAGGUGUCGGGCGCUAUUGAGCUGUCGGACCCGGCCAAUUCUGCGGAGAUAUUACAACGCCUGCAGAAUUCGGACAAAGCAAGAUUUUCCGACACGAGUUGGCAAAUUCAUCGAACGUGGACCCGCAACGGAGACCCGCUGCACAUCUCACCGUCACCCACUAGAGCGGAGAGCACGCUACCCGCUGCCGCCGACACCGCGGCCUCGCCCCUUCGCAACGACCAGAAUGGCAUCUAUGACACCAUCACGACUCGAGCAGUCAGCGCCCCGGCGACAUCUGCUACGCCUUCUUUCGCGAGAGAAUAUGGAGGAGUGCGAUCAGUGAGCUACCCUGGACCAGGAGGCCCCAGCUCGCGUUUAGACCUGUGCUAUGUGGCGGAGCGUAUGCUGGCACUACAUCUACCAGAGAGAGACGCGCACGCGGAGGCACAAGCUGCUCACAUGCUGAACAAUAAACAUGGAGAACAUUACAUGGUGUUUGAAGUGAGUGGAGGUGACGGUAGUAGUGAUGAACGUGCAGCGAGGAACGUGUUUGGGCGCGCAAGAUGCCUGGGCUGGCCUGGCGACCUGGCCCCGCCGCUCGAGCGACUCUGUGCUGCGUGCAAACACAUCGAGAGCUGGCUCGCGGCUCACCCCAAGAAUGUUGCCAUACUUUUAGCAUGGGGUAAUCGGGAAAGGCUAGGAGUGCUGGUAGCGGCGUACAUGCACUACUCGGCGAUAUGCGGCGCUCCCGAGCACGCACUGGAUCGAUACGCGAUGAGACGAUACCUCGACGACCGGGUUCCCAUGUUUCAGUUGCCUUCCAACAAACGAUAUAUCGACACCUUUGCCGGAUUACUAGCAGGUCAGAUAAGAGUGAACGCAGCGCCUCUACACCUCACACACGUGAGCGUGGCCGGCUCGCUGGCUGCUCCUACGGCGCCCACCAUCGCCUUCCUCAAGAUCUACGAGAAUUACACUUGCGUUUAUACGUCGGGUCUAUACAUGGUGAACGGCGGUGGCUGGACGGUGGGAGUCGGUCGGCUGGCACUGCGCGGCGACGUCCUAGUGCGCGCGUACCGGCGCCCGGCGCACGCGCAUCCUCAUGCGCACACACCGCAACGACACCUCGUAUUCGCCUGUCAGUUCCACACCUGCGCCGUCGCGGAUCACACCCUCUCCUUCACUAAGCAGCAGCUUGACCACGCUGUGCAUGAUCCAUCAUUUCCGAGCGACGGGGCAGUAGAGCUAGUGUUCGCUCGGGGAGAGGGCUCUGGCGGCGCCGCGCCCGCACCGACGCCCGCAGCGCCGUUACGCGCCGCGCCCGACGCGCUCGCACGAGCCGACUCGCUUGAGCACCUCCGACCGCUCUCCACGCUCACCGAUGAUGAACCCGGUGACAACAACGGCAGUGCAGAGGGCUCGGGAUCGGGCGGGGAGGCGGGUGAGGGAGCGGAGGCCGCGCACACAUUCGGACCUCUCGACGGGUCCAUCUACGCGACAGUAGUGCGCGCGGGCGGCGGGCCGUCAUCUCCGCUCAGCGCUUCAAUGGAUUCGGGCAUCUCGUCGGCGGGACGCCGCGCCGCCCCCAGUCCGCCCGACGAGCUGGACGCGCUGCUGGGUGACAUGCUGCGGACCGUGAGCGCGCUGCCCGACCCGCCGCCUGCGCCGGCUCAGCAGUCGCACGCCGACCGCGCUCCUGACAUACCGUAUCACGCGCGCGCCGACUCCGCGCCCUUCACCUACGGAGCGCCCGGCCUCCGCCCCGGCAUGCUCCGUGCCUCCAACCGCCUCGCCAGCCCCGAGCUGGUGCGGCGCGCCCUCGGCAGCGACCGCGGCUACCGGGGCAUCGAGGACGACGACGACGAGCGCACCGUCACUCCGGAGCCGUCUCCGCGGACCCCGCUCUCGCCGCGCACGCUCCGCAAGCUCACACAUGACGACCUCACCACCAAAACCACCACGACCAUUCCACCGCCAUCUUCGCCUCUACAAAAUGGAAGAUGGCUGAAUGGUGACGCGGAAUGGAUAGAACGUCCGGCCAGCAGCGCUCGAAAAACUGCGACCGAAAACGGAACAUGGCGGUCCAAUAGCACUUUGGGAUGGCACGAAACUUCGAGGGCUCGGGAACCACGAAGAUCAGAAGGCAACGCCGUUGAAACCAGUUCAGGGCUAACAUGGUUACAACGGCAACAACAGAAACUACGGGAGAGGAAAGAAGCAAGGGAGAGGGUCGCUCGACUGCCGCUCGAGUGGGACGCUCCUUCCCGACACGUGCGCCGGUCUGCUAGCCACCGUGUGGAUGGGUACACAAGUGACACAACAGCGUUUGCGGAUGACGAUGACGACUUCAGUGUACCUCUACACGUCAACACGCGCACUCCUCUCAGGACUGACAGCAUCAGUCCUCAGGCUCCCGACAGGACCUCAUCUAAGAAAUUCAUGUAUGAAAAGAUGACGAUGCGCGAGUGGAGUGCCAACAGCACGCCGACGAGCACACAAGCGCCUGGUUUACUGUCCCUUGCGGAGCCCAACAACAACGACACCACUAUCCGAGAAAGAUCAGAAAGUUGGUCACGCACCGAGUCCCGCGCAGGCACGCCUGCUUUCCCGACGCACCCUCGCACGCCCUACCCACCCACGCCCACCCCUUCAUUCUCAACCAGACCGCCCCGGUCACCGACGGUCACUAGAAAAGAACGCGAAGGCAGUCCCGAGUCAGAAUACCGCACGUACAACGGCAGCAGCGGGUCGCGGCGCUCCAGCGUCAGCGGCGGCGCCGAGCCGCAGCACGUGGCGCCCGACCGCGUGCGCUUCGCCCGGGACACUAGCCACUACUGGUACAAGCCCAACAUCUCGCGUGACGAUGCGGUAGCAGCAGUACAACAACUAGAAGAAGGAGCGUUUAUAGUUCGAGACUCGAACUCAUUCCCGGGUGCGUUCGGGCUGGCGGUGCGUGCGGGCGCGGCGGGCGGCGUGCGGCACUUCCUCAUCGAGCCCACUGCGCGAGGCGUCCGACUGCGCGGCUGCCCCGACGAGCCCGUCUUCAGCUCGUUGUCUGCGCUUGUCUAUCAGCAUACUGUCACGCCUCUCGCUCUACCCGUGCCACUGAAACUGCCUGACAGAGACCCAUGGGUUGGCGGCAGUGCAAGCGCCGCUGCUCGAGCGCUGCUGGCGACAGGGGCAGCGUGUAACGUGCUACUACUGGGCUCUGAGAACACCGAAGCUCUUACUGGCCCUGCUGCUGUCAAACGAGCCGUCCAUAACAUUCUACAGAAAAAGGCAGCAGCCCACGUAGUGCACUUCAAAGUGUUCGGAGGUGGCAUCACACUGACGGACUCUACACGCAAGCUGUUCUUCCGGAGACACUACCCGGCGUCAGGCGUCUCGUAUGCGGGCUUAGAUCCCGAUGAGAGGAGAUAUACCUACCUCGACAACGGCACUCAGCAUGAAAAACGCAUAUUCGCGUUCGUGGCGCGAGCGUCGUCCGGAGCCGACAAUCAAUGUCAAGUGUUCGCCGAGCUGGAACCCGAACAACCCGCAACUGCUAUCGUCAACUUUGUCAAUAAGGCUCUGCUCGGGAACUCUCAGAAAAGGGAUAUUAUCUGAAACUAAUUCCAAACAUGCAUGUAGAUUUUUCAGUUUAGUGGACUAACAAUACUCUCUUUUACCUAAGUGUUAAACACGAAAAUGGUACGAUGAAAAUUUGUCGCCUCCGUUAGUAAAUACCAUAAUAAUUUUGGUUUUGGUUUGUUCCACUAUACAUAUAAAAAUUAAACAUAAAAUAUGCUUAGGUACCUUAUGUGAAAUGGUGAAAAAGGUUUUAGUUUUUAUAUAAACUUAGUUUUAUGGAUAAGUUAUUUUCAAAGAUUUAUUAGUACGCUUCACAUUCACCAAGUACAAUGUACUAUUUUAUUUUUAAUAUAAUAACAAUAAAAUAUAUAUUAUUAUUUUAAUUUAGUGUAGCGAAGGAACUAACUAGUCUCAUUAUUAUAUUAAUAUAGAGUCAUUGCGUGCCUAACAUUAAUUAUGUCAAUAAUAAUAUAAUGAAAUUACUUUAUGUAAAAAGGCCCUACUGCAUUCUAGGUAGAUAUUAAUAUAGUAAAAUAUCUAUGUAUCUUUUAAAAUAGGUAAGUUAGACACGAAGAUUUCGCAUCACUCAAGCACAGGCUUUUUGCCGACAAGUACAACGAAAUAACAACAAAAUAUAAGUACAAUAAUUAUGCCAACUUUAAAUUUUAAUGUACCUACCUAGAGUAGGUAAGGUACCGGAUAUGCUUGUUAUUUUAUUGCGAUAACAAUUAAAAUUCAAAGGCAGCUUUAAGAAAGCUAAUACAGAAAUCCAAAUACCUAAUUAAAACGAUUUACUUAGUUUAAUACAAAAACGCCACGAUUAGUUAGUUUAGAAUAAUUAUUGUAUCUUUUGUGUUAUAAUAAGAUUGAUAAAAAUGUAAGAUACGUGCUACAUAUUGAAGGGAAAUGCCCAGUCGACAAAACGGUUUUGGCCAAGGUAUGUCCAUCAAUGAAAUAAAUCGUAGGCAAUAAGAUUGACAUCAUUGAUUGAUUGAUUGACAAACACUAUUCUAUUUAUAAUAUAAUUUUUAUGAGUGUUUACCUAUACUUCAACGUUUUAAAAAUUAUUUAGAAGAAUUCAUUUACCUAGAACUCGGUCCACGAACUUUUGUACCUACCUAUGUGUAACAAAAUUCAAGUUGUAAUAAAACAAAUAUUUAGUUUUAUAAAAAUGAUUUAAAAAUAAACAAUGAUUGAGUUUUCUAUACUUUUAUUCUGGCUUUUAAUUCCAGAGGUUUUGCACAAAUAGGUAGGUAAUAUUUAAUACUAUAACAGCAAUAUUUUUGUAAUAAAUAAAAGAUUUGCAAAAAGAGGAGAGUCUUUAUAAUACUCGUAUUUAUUACAUUGAUGGCUGAACCUUCGCCUGAAAUGGCAUUUGUCUUUCAACAAAGAGCUGUAUUAAAAAAUAAAAUGCCUUACCAGUGAUCUUAUUAUGUUAUUAAUAAAAUAUUAUAACUUUAUUAUUAAAGUGUACCUACCCAGAAAUAAAUUUAACCUAAUGGAUAUACUUAAUUUGUAAGGAAUAACUGUUGUCAAAUGUAUUUAUUGGUUAUAAUAAAUCAUUUAAAAUUAAA